AAAGUCUUUUAGACUAGAUUUAUGUAAACAUGGAGGAGGUACCACUCAUAACAUGGAUCCAAAAGCUGGUUCUGUAUGAAACUAAAGCGAGAUAUUACAUUGUUGGAUCAAAUAAAACAGAAACUCGCUUCAGGGUUCUCAAAAUAGAUCGGACUGAACCUAAAGAACUGGUCAUCCAUGACGACAAGGUAGAAUACAAUCGCAAUGAGAUACGCAGUGUAUUGUCCAUGAUAGAUGGUGGGAAUAAAACAAAAAAGCAAGGCUCAGGAAGUAAUGGUCUAGCCAAAAAUAUUUCGGCUUUUGGCCUUGCAGGUUUUGUCAGAUUCCUAGAAGGCUACUACAUGAUAUUGAUCACUAAGAGAAAGAAGGCGGCUGUCAUUGGCUCUCACAUUAUUUACAAGAUUGAGGACACAUCCAUGCUGUACAUUCCCAAUGACAGUGUGAGAUACACUCACCCUGAUGAGAGCAGAUAUGUUAAGAUGUUUCAAACUGUGGAUUUUUCAAGUAAUUUUUACUUUAGCUACAGUUAUGAUCUAACACACACACUGCAGUUCAACAUGACCCCUGUGCAUGGAGCUUCUGGACCUCACAAGUCAAGCCAGCCCUCAGUUCCACAUCUUCCAAGCAAGAGAACUUCAUCAAAGGGGCAGUCACUCUGGGAUGAUGAGCCAGCAGACAGCACACCAUCCAGCACAGCCUCCAAGGAGACAGAGAAGCUUGAGAUGUCUGUUGAGGAGUUCACAGACAUGAAUCAUACACCUGAAGCAGCGCAAACCAUCCCAGAGGUGCAAGCGCAGGAAAAAGAAACAAAGUCAGUUCCAGGACCAGUUGUCUGCGGAGUAAAAAAUGCACCUUGCAGGAAAUACGUUUGGAAUAAUCAUCUUCUGAAGGGGUUUGAAGGUCAUGUGCACUCAGAUUGGAUUCUGUACAUUAUCCAUGGAUUCAUCGGACAAAGCAAUAUCUGUGUAUUUGGCAAGUCCUUCUACCUCACACUAAUUGGCCGAAGGUCAAACCAGUAUGCUGGCACCAGGUUUCUGAAAAGGGGAGCUAACCAUGAGGGAUAUGUAGCCAAUGAAAUAGAGACUGAACAAAUUGUUCAAGACACUUCAGUCACAUUUCUGGGUCAUGGUAAGGUCACUUCCUAUGUCCAGCAUCGUGGGUCAGUCCCCCUCUUUUGGUCGCAAGACAUCUCCAAGAUGGUCAAGCCACCCAUUUCCUUGGACCAAAGAGAUCCUUACCACAGUGCAGCAGGCAUGCAUUUCAACCAAUUAUUGUGUCGUUAUGGGGCACCAAUUAUUGUGUUCAACCUUGUUAAGACCAGAGAAAACAAAAGACAUGAGAGCAUUUUGAGUGAAGACUUCAUCAAGGCCAUAGAUUAUCUGAACCAGUUCCUACCUGAAGAACAUGGUAUCCAGUACAUUGGCUUUGAUAUGGCCAGAGUCAAUAAGAGAAAAGAUGCUGAUGUUAUGUUGCGACUCAACAGGAUAGCUCGUUACUGUAUGAAGCAGACAGGAUUCUUUCUCAGUGUACAGCCAUCACAGGCUCAGUAUUUGCUCAUAGACCCUCAACUGCAAAGUCUGAAAGGUGUUUGGGGUCCUUUGGGCUGUAAGCAGUCUGGUGCUGUCAGAACCAAUUGUGUUGACUGUCUGGACAGAACUAACACUGCACAGUUUGCUCUAGGGCGCAGUGCCUUGGCCUACCAGCUGUAUGCUUUGGGUGUUCUGGAAAGUCCACACCUGGAGUUUGAUACCGACUGUGUGAAAAUGCUUGAGGAGCUGUAUGAAGAUCAUGGAGACACCCUAGCGUUACAAUAUGGUGGGAGUCAGCUGGUGCACAGAAUAAAAGGCUACAGAAAGGUGGCCAGGUGGACGUCACACAGUCGUGACAUCAUGCAGACCUUGUCUCGUUACUACAGCAACAACUUUUCAGAUGUUGAAAAGCAACAAGCUUUCAACUUGUUCCUGGGAGUCUUUGUUCCUGCUGAGGGUCAGCCUAACCUUUGGGAUCUCCUCACUGAUUGCUACUUGCACAAUAAGGCUUCUGUAGGGAUCCCAUUCACACGAAAUCAUUAUUGUCAAUGGUGGCACAAAGAUGUUUGGGCAAGUCUGCCACUACCACAAGAAGAAGUGAUGAAACCCAAAAUGGCCCAUUUCCUAUCCAUGGUCGCCCCAUCAACAGAUGAGCAUGUUGACUCUUUCUAUGAGUAUUACCGUCCAGCAGAUCUGAGCUCAUUCGAUGAAAUGUACCAGAUUUAUUUAUCACAGGCCAGCAGAAAACUUAUGCCCAAAAAUACAUUGGAUUUCAGUCCAUUUUCUGUCAGACAUUCAACAGAUAGAAAUGAAAGAGAGUCGAACCCAAAUGUCUCUGGCAAAGAUUCAACUUCCUCCACAACAUCUUUUGGCUCAGAGGGCAGUUCAGACACAACAGAUGACUCAGACGUGGAGGGGUGUGUCCAGUUGUCAGAUUCUUCCAGUGACCACAGCUCAGAGGAUGAACAAAAUUACAUCUCCUUUAAGGAUCUGUUCCCUUCUAUGAAGACAGUGUACAAUGCAGAGAUAACUGAGCCCAGUGCAAGAGAUCAGAAGAUAUAUGAGAGAUAUGUUGACAUAGGCAAUGGAAAAAACAGCUCUGUGACAAACCUUCGCAGGUCUGAUUUUUUAUUUGAGAGCAGCAAGAUUGAAUCAUCUCUUAGUGAAGAUUGUAGUGAUUUAUCGCUUCGAGAAAAACCAAAGAUGGUUGCCUCCCCUGGCAUUGACAUAUUUCCAAUCUCAGCAUUUAAACUAGAUAGCACCUUUUAUGUUGAACCACCUCCUGUAAGCAAGCAAUCUAAAGACAUCUACACUGCCUAUGUCCAGAGGGGUCACUUUGGUGCAGGGGCUGUGUCUGAUGCUGACCGCCAUGCCUACAUCAAGUAUGUAAACAAAAAGUUCCUGUGAUGAAAAUAUUUUGUUUCAUAAAUGGGCUCCACUUGGGCAUCCAGACAUCACAAAGCUCCACUUGGACAUCCAGACAUCACAAAGCUCCACUUGGACAUCCAGACAUCACAAAGCUCCACUUGGACAUCACAACAUCACAAAGCUCCACAUUCACAACCAGACAUCAACAAUUUCAAGUUUUGAUGACAUGAAUAACUGAAUCAUAUUGUUCAUCAUCCUGCCACUAGAGAAAUUUAGCUCAGUACCCAUACUUAAAAACAUUUUCUCUAAGAAGCUAAGGGAUGUAACUUUCUACCUUAUAAGAGAUUUGUGUUGUUCAUCUUUCAAUACAAGAAGGAGAGUUUCAAUUAAAGGUACAGAAUCUAAUCAUGCGUUACCGCCCUUAAAAAAUAUUUAGGAGGAAGUUUGUCAAACAAAGUUCUAGCUGGCCAGAAUGAAGAAUCAAGGGUUACCACCAUUAGUAUGCCUGAGAAGCAAUGUAGAAGAGUUGUCCCAAGCUUUUCUGAGUCAAAAACCCAAAUAAAAAAAUAACUGUAUGAACUUCACUUAUCCUUUGUGUUGUUAAAAGGAUACUGCUCAAGGGCUUCAGCUGGCUAUUUGAUCUCAAUAUUAAUAAUAAUUAUAGCUUUUAUAUAGCACUAUUUUCAUGCUUAUAAUAUACUUAGAGCGCUAUGGUCCAAUCUCAUUUGUGGACCAGUGGGGGGAGGGGGAUAUCUGGGAGAAGGUUUUUCGUGCUGCCUUUAGGCUCUCAGAAAACAUAACUCUGCUCGAGUCGGGUGUCGAACCUCGAGCCCCCUUAAUAGUUAGCCAAGACAAGCCAAGUUCAAAUGUGAUAUAAUACGUCCACAUCCUCUGCUGUAAAAAUUUUGGUCUAUUUUGGUCCAGGGUUUUGUGGAUCUCUCAAGUCACUCUGAGCAUUUUUUACCGACUAUAUUAUGUGAUUAUGCUUUUUACAAUUUAAAUAGAAUAAUCAGGUAAGUGACUCUGUACAUGAACUGAUUGAUCUCAAAUUGUUUGUAAAAACUUGUAUUGUUCUCUACCUUGUAUUAAAUUUUUUUGUAUGUUGCAUUUAUAUAAAAUCAAUGUUCAAUUAAUUAAACCUAAUACAAUUAUAUAUAUUGUAAUGUUGAAAAGUCUAAGAAUAUGUAUAUAUUUAUAAUUUGUGGACUGGUUUGCUUGAAACUUCACUAUAGGAUUUCAUUAUGGGAAGAUUUUCCUUUCAAUCAAUACCAUGUCACCUACCUGUUGGUAUUAUAUAUUUAAUCUAUAGGGCAGAUGAUGUAAAGGCCAUCUGUUCAUGUAGUCCCCGGUUAACUAGGGCCAGCACAACAACCAACUGCCUUUACUUUUCCCCAACUAUCAUGUAGGCCUAUCCAUUAGAGUUGGGUGGACUAAGAAGGCCCCAAAAAUCCUGAAAUUCAAAAUUUUUGGUCUUCACUGGGAUUUGAACCCAAGGCCCCUUGGUUUGGAAGCCAAGCACUUUACCACUCAUCCAUGAAUUUUCCAGGAUUAUAUAUUCACGCAUAUAAAUGUCUACAUGUUGUCACUAUUGCAAUUCAAGUUCUUUUUACUGAUAAGGUUAAAAAUUGGUACAUUUUGGGUAUCUCUAUUUUAGACUGUGGGAAGAUUCUUAUCUGUUAUUGAACUCUUGUCACAAAAAGUUCAUACAACCUACAAACACAUAUUUUUCAUAAAAAGUUGAUGUUGAUAUGAAGAGCCACUGAUAUUGCAUGUCCUUUGACAAAAAGGGAAGAACUUAGGUAGAGGCAAUUUUUUUAACUGUACUGAAAAAAUUAUACGGUUAUGAUUGUAUAUUUUGUUAUAUAAAAGUCAAAGGUGGAUAUAAUAUUAGACUUAUGAUUGUAUAUUUUGUGAUAUAGAAGUCAA